CGGCUUUAGGAGAAGCUGCGCGGAGGAGACCAAACCUGAAGGAGGAAACAUUUUCCCACCGAACAGGAACCAGAACAUUCAAGGGAGCUGCCGUGGAGCGGUGGACCUCCUCCUUCAGAGAGCCUUACUCCUCUGGACCUCAUGGCUGAAAUGCUGAACCCGCCGGCCCUGCUGAGCAUGCCCCGGAGCCCCACCUCCAGCGAGGAGGAGAUGGCACAUAGCUUUUCCGAUUACUCCGACGACUGCGCCUCCGACAGCUCCCGAGAAGAAACCAUCUACGAGACAAUAAGGGCGACCGCCGAGCCAUCGCAGAACCACAUGGACGACAUUCACAUGAACUCGCUGGUGGUCCGGGUCCUCAUCCCGGACCUGCAGCAGACGAAAUGCAUGCGGUUCAACCCGGACGCGACGGUCUGGAUCGCCAAACAGCGGAUCUUGUGCACGCUCAAUCAGACCCUGAAAGAUGUGCUGAACUACGGACUUUUCCAGCCGGCGAGCAACGGCAGGGACGGCAAGUUCCUGGACGAAGAGCGCCUCCUCCGAGAGUACCCACAGCCAAUCAGCAAGGGGGUCCCCUGUUUGGAGUUUCGCUACAAGAGCAGAGUCUACAGGCAGCCCAACAUUGAUGAGAAGCAGAUUGCCAAACUUCAUACAAAGGCCAACCUGAGGAAGUUCAUGGACUUCAUUCAGCACAAUCAGGUGGACAGAGUGGGCAAAAUGUUGGAGAGAGGCCUUGAUCCCAACUACCACGACGGUGAUACUGGCGAGAGCCCGCUGACGUUCGCCGCUCAGCUGGACAACGCGGCGGAGAUGCUAAAGGUGCUGAAGGAUGGAGGAGCUCACCUGGACUUCAGGGCCAAGGAUGGCAUGACUUCCCUUCACAAAGCCGCCCGCUCCAAGAACCAGGUCAUGCUCAUGACGCUGCUGGAGCUGGGAGCGUCUCCAGACUACAAGGACAGCCGCGGUCUGACGCCUCUGUACCACAGCGUGGUGGUGGGAGGCGACCCCGGCUGCUGCGAGCUGCUGCUCAACCACCAGGCCUCCGUCUGCUGCCAGGAUGAGAACGGCUGGCACGAGGUUCACCAGGCCUGUCGUCACGGCCAUGUGCAGCAUCUGGAACAUCUGCUGUUCUACGGAGCCGUCAUGAGCGCCCAGAACGCCUCGGGGAACACCGCCCUGCACAUCUGUGCCCUCUACAACCAGGAUAACUGUGCUAGAGUGCUGCUGGUCCGUGGAGCUGACAAGGAAGUGAAGAACUACAACAGCCAGACUCCAUUUCAGGUGGCCAUUAUUGCUGGAAACUUUGAGCUCGCCGAACUCAUCAAGAACCACAAAGACUCUGAUAUAGUGCCUUUCCGCGAGGCUCCAGCCUACUCCAAGCGCCGGCGGGGUCCGUCCUCCGGCAGCGGAAACGGCCAGUCCCCGUCCUCGCUGUCAGCGCCACGGGUCCUCCUGCGCUCCAACAGCGACAACAACCUGUCUGUAAGCCAGUACCAGCAGCAGCACGGCUCUCCUGGAAACUGGACCCCCCAUCUGCAGCAGCACCAACACGCCCAGACCCACCAACACAGGGCCCCCCAGCAGGGUCACUCGCAGCCUGGCUCCUCAGCUUUACACCGAAGCCUGUCCCCCCAGCUGGUCCAGCAGAUGCCCAGCGGCAGCCCCAAUGGCAACGUGGUGGUCCGCACUAUGGGGAGGGGGGCCAGGAGCCGCUCACCCUCCCUCAGCCGGCUGGGGGAGGAGAACAGACGCGCUCAGACUGCGCAGCGGCAGCCCAGUCCCAGCAGCCACAGCGAGGCGGGCGGCCCCAGGAGGAAGCUGUACAGCGCCGUUCCAGGCCGGCACUUUGUGGUGGUCCGGUCCUACACCGGCCAGGCCGAGGGAGAGAUCAACCUGUACAAAGGCGACAGAGUAAAAGUUCUGAGCAUCGGAGAGGGGGGAUUCUGGGAGGGCAGCGCCCGCGGCCAGGUGGGCUGGUUUCCAGCCGACUGCGUGGAGGAGAUCCCGGCCAAGGCCACCGAGGAGAGGACCUAUUCCCGAGCGGACCGGGCCGACAGACGGAAGCUCUUCAGACAUUACACCGUGGGCUCGUACGACAGCUUCGACGCGUCCAGUGACUGCGUGGUGGACGAGAAGACGGUGGUGCUGCAGAAGAAGGAGAAUGAGGGCUUCGGCUUCGUCCUGCGUGGGGCCAAAGCCGAUACUCCCAUCGAGGAGUUCACCCCCACGCCGGCCUUCCCGGCGCUGCAGUACCUGGAGUCGGUGGAUGAAGGCGGAGUGGCCUGGCAGGCGGGGCUCCGGACGGGGGACUUCCUCAUCGAGGUGAACCAGGAGAAUGUGGUGAAGGUGGGCCACAGGCAGGUCGUCAACAUGAUCCGCCAGGGAGGAAACCGGCUUCUGAUCAAAGUGGUGACGGUGAGCCGGAAUCUGGACCCCGAGGACACGGCACGCAAAAAAGCUCCUCCACCUCCAAAGAGAGCCCCCACCACCGCCCUGUCCAUGCGCUCCAAGUCCAUGACCUCAGAGCUGGAGGAACUUGUGGACAAAGCCACGCUGAGGAAAAAGAAAGGUGAUAAAGUGGAGGAGAUGACGCACGCCCAGAAGAGCUCACCGGUGGACACGAAGAUCGCCACGAUCAAACCUCGGCCCUCCAGUCGCUGCUUGGUCACUCCUACAGACAUGAAUUCCAUGUAUCACGACCGCCAGGGAGUAGCAGUGGUGCCGCCCACUGUGCCAGGAGCCUACCUGGGGAUCCCAGAAAAGGGCACCAUGAGGAAGCAGAAGUCCAUAGGUACAUCGGAGGAUGAUAAACAGGGACUCCUCACGCCUCCCCCGCUGAAGUUCUCCCGCAGCCUCUCGAUGCCCGACACCUCAGAGGACAUCCCGCCUCCCCCAGCGAUUUCCCCCCCUUCACCACCUGCCUACAACUCCGCUGCUGGACCUACAGCCAAGAACUACGGCACCACCCGACCGAGCUUCACCCAGAACUCGCCCAACGCAGUGACAACCAUCAGUCGGACCACGGACGUCGGCAGGCUGCGGCGGGGAUAUUUCCGUCAGAGCUCUGAGCAGUUUGAGAGCACGCGCACAAGAGGGCGCACGCCGGUGCCCGAGAACCCGUACUCCGAGGUCGGCAACAAGACGCUAUAUGUGCCGGCUAAACCGGCCAGGAGGAAGGGGAUGCUGGUAAAGCAGCCCAACGUUGAGGACAGUCCAGAGAAAACGUGUCACGUGCCGUCCAGCCCGUCAGGCGCCGUCUCCAUGCCCACGACCCCCGUCGAAAGGACAUGCUCGUCCAUCCCCAUUCCCACCAUCAUCGUUAAAGAACCUUCCACCAGCAGCAGUGGCAAAAGCAGCCAGGGUAGCAGCAUGGAGAUUGAGCCCACUACCCCAGAACAUCCCCCGCUAACACCCGCCGUCGGAGGAAGUGGAGGUUUGCGUCCUGAGGACCCGAUGUCCCUUGGCAACCCCUUCGCAGCAGCUAUUGCCGGCGCGGUGCGGGACCGCGAGAAGAGACUCGAAGCGAAAAAGAACUCGAUUGCCUUCCAGUCGAUAGACAUAGGAGAUGAUGAAAUGAGUGGUCCUGCACCGACUCCUCGUCUUCGCCAGUCCAAAUCCAUUGACGAAGGCAUGUUCAGCAGCGACGAACGCCUGCGAAGGAUACUGGCCCCCCCUACCACAGUGCAACUCGGACCCCCGGUUGGUGGCGGUAGUGGAAAUAUGACAGAUUUCAACACACCUGAGCCCACAGUGGUUCGGGAGCCUCUGAACACUAGAACCGGCCAGUGUCCCAAUCUGGACAGUCCAGUUAGUCUCCCAGCCACUCCUCCUAAGAGCCACUACAAGGCUAAUGGCACCUACCUCCAUCCUGUCACUGGUAAACCUUUGGACCCCAACUCUCCACUGGCUCUGGCUUUGGCAGCUCGUGACCGGGCCAUGAAGGAACAACAGAACCAUCCUCAGAACCAGCCGACAAAUCCUCCUCAGGUUCAGCAAACCUCCAAGAACGAAGCCCAUUCCCUGCCACUUCAGCCGAGCCACAAACCGGACCUCAACCAGCCGCUUUUCAUAGACACCAAAUUACGCUCUGGGAUUGAGACCAGCUUUGCAGCAAUCUCCACAGCAACCAUGGGCCGACCGGGCCGCGGCGGCCUCCGGCGACAGAUGACCGAGCAGAAGUACGAGUCUGACGGAGCGCGGGAACAGCGGCAGCAUCAGACCGUCGAGCAGAGAAAGAGCGCGCCGCCGAACGUCGCAGACACGUCGCAGACCAAGUCAACGGGGCUGUUGAUGGUCCACACGAGCACAGACACAACUAACAGCAAGACCAACAACCAGGAGGUGGAGGUGCAGGACAGCAACCGCCCUUCUGAGCUGAAGGACCCCAACCAGCUUGACCCCCACAAUGCUCCAACCCUUUCCUCCAACCCUCAGCAAGCUGCCUCGCGGAGAAGAAGCGUCCCGUUGGGCGAAUCUCUGGAGGAACCGGUGAAACUGCCAUUCCGUAUCCCCCCUCCACCGCUAGCAUCGGUCGACAUAGACGAGGAAUUUGAGUUCUCAGAGCCUCUCCCUCCACCGCUCGAGUUUGCAAACAGCAUCGACAUCCCUGACGACCAGGCCAGCGCCUUUGCGGAGAUGCUUCAGCAGCAGAGACGGAACGGAGGACCUCCUCUGCCCCCUUACCAUCCGCACGCCCCUCCCCCUGUCGGCGAUCACCACAAGCGGGUGGUGAACAGCAUGCCCCCUUCUUACCAUCCGGCCCCACCGGAACCAGAGUCGGGGGUGGCCGACUCUGGCAUCGAGGAGGUAGACAGCCGCAGCAGCGGAGAUCCUCAGCACAUGGAGACCACCAGCACGGUUUCCAGCAUCUCCACCCUGUCGUCAGAAGGAGGCUUCUGCGACAGCGCGUUGGAGAGUCUCUACGCCACCGCAGACGGACACGCCUUCCUGGUGGACCGGCCCCCUGUCCCACCCAAACCCAAGGGAAAGUCUGUCAUCAACAGAACGUCGCUUUAUCACGACGCUCUCAUUGAAGAGCCCCCCGAGUCCUACGGGUCGCCACCUCAAGCUCCUCCCCCUCCUCCAUCCUCGUCUGAGCCUCCUAGGACUCCUUCUCAAAGGACAUCUAAGCUGUGGGGCGAUCAGCCCCCCGAGCUACGCAGCCCCCCAUCCACGCCAGACACCAAGAACACCGUGAUCACUGAGCUGAGCUCCAUCUUUCAGCACAUGAAUCGCGACAGGCCGACCAAGCCGGGCGAGGCCCUCGACUCCCCCACGGCGACCCGAGGGGGCUUCACGUCCAGACCCCCCACAGAUGACUCAGGAAUGCGUAACAACGCCGCUGCAGCUGCUCUCACCUCCACGCCUCCCAGCAGCCUCCCGUCGCAGGGAAACCCCUGCAGCCCGCCGGACUCCGCCUCCUCCCUCACCCCCUGCUCCUCGCUGCCUCCCUCCGUGUCGCCCACCCUGACCGACGUCUUCGGCCUGCCCACGCCCCCCAUGGGCAGCGGCGGCGGCUACAGCCUGAGCUCGUCGUGUGGCGGCAGCGGCAGCUCGCGCUCUCCGUCGCCGCUCACGCUGAUGCAGGCGGUGGCGGCGUCUGGGAAGCCCUUCGCCUCCAAGCCCAUGGAGCUGUGGAGCAAACACGACGUGGCCGACUGGCUGGAGAGUCUGAACCUUGGGGAGCACAAGGACGCCUUCCUGGACAACGAGAUCGAGGGCGCCCACCUGCCGUCGCUGCAGAAGGAGGACCUGAUAGACCUGGGCGUGACCCGGGUGGGCCACCGCAUGAACAUAGAGAGGGCCCUGAAGCUGCUGCAGGACAGAUAAGCGUCCCGGGAGACGGGGGGCAUCAUCAGGAGUCAGCCGGAGGAGAGGGAGGUGUUUCCAGUCACGCUAGCCGAUCUCUUCACCAGACAUGGAAGGGUAGAAGUUCCAUCCAAGCUGAAGCUGCCUCUUGCUGUGUUUGUCCUCUCAUCGUGCGUCUUCGCCCUCAUCUCAGUGGUUCGGCUUGUCCACCGUCCUCCACCUCCCCGCCGUCCUGGGCACCGGGGGCGUGGAGGAACUGCAGGGCGAGUAAAGGGGACACAGGACAGGAGGACAGACCCAUGGACCGUCUGCGAGUUUCUGGAAUAUUUUAAACUCUGGAAAUACAAAAGAUUACUCGUCUGGAGGUCUACUUAACCUAACAGACUCGUGCUCUCCCCCGUCGCUUUGGAAUACUGAGACUUUUUCCGUACACCGGGAGUGGGUGCGAGAAGAACCAGCUGAGCUGGUCGUUGCUCCUUUUCUAUCUUUGCUAGAAUUUGUUCAGAGAAUAUUUCUUCACUAGAGUCCUACGGAGUUAUAUUUCUGGGUGCAUCUGCGGCUGUAGAGGAACAUUUUGAGAUAGACUCCUUUUUUUUUGUUGUUGUUGCUUUUCACCUGUUUGUGUCAAAAUUAGAGCAUCAGCUGAGACAUUAAAACAGAGCCAACUCCAGUCCUCAAGGGCUGGUGUCCAGCAGCGUCUGGGUGUGUCUCAGCUCCAACAC